AGCCAAAAAUGUCCAAAAGGAGGGCAAGAAAAAAGCCUGCUGAUGAGGCAAGCUUUUACAUUCAGUCUUCAAAGGACAAACCAGGAUUAGUCGAAAGAUUCAUUGACAAACACAAAGGAAGAGGCGUGUUUGCUACCCAGCCCUUUGAGCAAGGAGAUUUCAUCUUAGAAUACAGGGGUCAACUUCUGUCAGCAGAAAAAUGCCAAACUAGAAAGUACUCGGAAAAGGAGAGUACAUUUCUCUUUGACUUUGAAUGGCAGAAUCUUCACUGGUGUAUCGAUGCUUCAGUAGAAGAUGGUUCACUUGGAAGAUUAGUGAAUGACAACCACAAGUCUCCAAAUUGCACCAUGAAAAAAACAAUAGUAAAUGAUAAACCACAUUUGUGCCUGUUUGCCAUUAAAAACAUAAAAAUAGGAACUGAAAUUGAUCACAACUAUGGUAAUUCUAAAUGGCCAUGGCGUGAAAAAGCUGCUGCUGCUUCUGCUGCAGUUGAGCCAUCCAGAAAGCUGUGUGACUAUUCCCAGGAUGACAGCAUCAAACAGGAUUCCAGCCUCCAGCUGCUGCUUCUGCUGAAUUUGACUCAUCCAGAAAGCUGUGUGACUAUUCCCAGGAUGACAGCAUCAAACAGGAUUCCAGCCUCCAGUUGAAAGGCUCUCAGGCUCCUGCUGCUUCUGCUGAAGUUGAGCCAUCCAGAAAGCUGUGUGACUAUUCCCAGGAUGACAGCAUCAAACAGGAUUCCAGCCUCCAG